UUUUAAAUGUCAUACGUUUUUAGGUUGUUUUUUUUCUACAACCACAUCCUCCUAUGACUCAGCAGUACAGGAAGUUAAGACAGUUUAGAUUUCCACACUUAACAUUUCCGUUUUUAUCUUUUGAGUCCAAGCCGCCACGGUUUUGUAUCGGUCUUUGAAGCAAGUGAACCAAAUCCGCCAUGAACCUUUUUGAUUUUUAGGCCGCUGUCACUGCCUUCACGCAGAACCAAUACCCUUUAUCCACGUGACAUGUAGCCGUUAUCCUAGUAAUCGGUAGUCAACGUGUGAGAAACAGAACCGACUACUUCCUGCUACUUUAUAUAAAGUCAUCCGGACUAGCAGAGCAAACAUCAGCACCUGAGCUCUUCAAAACGCUGCAUCGUAGAGUUUCAGGCAAUGAUGCCACUCGGCAUGAAGACGUAUCUGGCUCUGCUGUGGGGACUGUCUGUUUCCAGCGCCAUGGCGUCCGACACGAGCGUUAACUCAACCGCUGAACCUCGCACACCUGCAGACGUCAGGGUGGCUUCACCAGCAGGGACCGAUGUGGAACCGGAACAGGUGAUUGCCACUUCAUCUGCACAUCGGUCCCUCCACCCCAUGGACGUAGACACUGCGAAACCUACGGAGGAUCCGAUGCAUCAACAAUCACCCGCCGCCUCCUCUAACACCACUGCUCCUGCGGCGGCUUCUGUAGCCGGAGUGCCGGUGUCUUCACAGCCGCCUUUGUCUCCCGCUAAGCUCCUCAAGCAGACCCUCGGCGGUCCCUCUGUCUCCACCACCGCCAAGGUCCCGACCACCGUCAAGGUCUCCAUUGCCAAUGUCCCGACCACCACCAAUGUCUCUACCACUACCAAUGUCCCGACCACCGCCAAUGUCCCGACCACCACCAAUGUCUCUACCACUGCCAAUGUCUCUACCACUGCCAAUGUCCCGACCACCGUCAAUGUCUCUACCACUGCCAAUGUCUCUACCACUGCCAAUGUCCCGACCACCACCAAUGUCCCGACCACCGCCAAUGUCCCGACCACCGCCAAUGUCCCGACCACCGCCAAUGUCUCUACCACUGCCAAUGUCCCGACCACCACCAAUGUCCCGACCACCGCCAAUGUCUCUACCACCGCCAAUGUCCCGACCACCACCAAUGUCUCUACCACCACCAAUGUGCCGACCACCACCAAUGUCCCGACCACCACCAAUGUCCCGACCACUGCCAAUGUCCCGACCACCGCCAAUGUCCCGACCACCGUCAAGGUCUCUACCACCGCCAAUGUCCCGACCACCACCAAUGUCUCUACCACUGCCAAUGUCCCGACCACCACCAAUGUCUCUACCACCACCAAUGUCCCGACCACCACAAAUGUCUCCACCAGUCCUACAGGAAUCCUGUUCCCUCGUGUCCCCAAAGAGAUGUCAGUCCCAACUACCAAAUCAAAUCCGGUUGCGCCUGGUAAAGACUCAAAGAGCCCACCCACCACCGAGGUCCCACCCUGCUCCACCCAACGAGUGAUAAAGCUCUUGCUCAUCGUCAUUGCCUUCCUGACUCUAUUGGCAACAGUCUUCAUCUUCUCUACCAUCAUCCUCUGCACCAAGCUGUCGUCAAGGAAGUACAACCUCAGAAAAGCUCAGCCGGCGACCGAGAUGAUGUGCAUCUCGGCGCUGCUGCCCGAGAGGAACGUCGCCUACUCCAGACAACGCAAUCCGGUCACCAACGGAGUCCUGGUGAUCCACGGUGAUGCAGACAGCGAUGACGACGGAGGAGAUAACCUCACUCUCAGCAGCUUCCUCCCCGAAAAUGACCGAUAUGUUUGAAACGGAGUCGCUGUUGUUGGCAGCGGACCUGUCUGAUGUCUGUGCAGUGGAAACCGUUGCUGCUGGAAUAAACCCGUGCUGCCCGUCUGUGGUUUUGGCAACGCUGCACAGUCCAGCGACGUGGAGGAGCAGCACAACUGUUGAUGAACCCUUAAUGUAUCUGCCGUUCGGACAGGUCACCCAACGUCUGCUUUAGAGACUUUUGGGGAUCAUUUUACACGUUCCUUCCUCUAGAACCAAAGAGGGGGUGAAGAGAGGGAUCAAAGAUUGUGUUUUUUCUUAACAUCCUGAGCGGAGCCGUGAUGGUAUUUCACUUAGCAACGGGGAACAGGAAGUCUGGUUUCGUAAAGGGAUUUAUGUUCUAUGCAGACGCUGUUGAGUUUACAAGCGCUUUGCUGGUGUCAUCGUGGCUUCAUUGUAUGAACGUUGUCAUUUGAAUCAUGUCAACCUGGCUGUAUGUGACUGUCUGUGUUUAGAUGCAGCUUCUGUAUUGUGAUAAUUUAUUAAACAAUUUGUCUUAUUUAACUGUUUGGUAAAAUGUUAUUUUACAGGUCAUUUAUUGCCAGAGAUGCUUGAUAUACUCAAAAAGCUAAAGUUUUGGUCCCAUUGUCGUAGCAUUUAAUAGGAAUAAAAUUACAACUGCGUAUGAGUAAACAAAAGGGUUUUUAAAGUUUUCCUUUCUUCAGAAAGGAGAGCUGUUUCUGAUGCAAAAUGUUAACACAACACAACUCUGUUAAAAAAGAAACAAAAGGGGUUAAAUGUCCAUUUCUGUCUUUAAAUGGUAAACAGUCAAUACGCCCUCUGUGGACUAAGUCAGUUCCCUUAUUUAUGACGGGCUUUAUAAAAGGCCUUUCUUCUAUACAGGACUGGAUUUCAUAUUCACUUCCCUUCCUGUGAAAAGAAAACCACCCUGAAUGCUUAUUAGGGCCCUCUCUCUCUCUCUCUCACUCUCUCUCUCUCCACGUUGAGCGAGACAGACACUGGUGACUAUCAACAGAGCUGAAGCAAAUGUAAACCUGAACAAGCAGGAACUCAUUUCCUUCUCCUGAUGACCAUAUAAAGUUAGAUUUGUCUGGACUAAUCGCAAACACAGUAGAGAUGCCAAAAAUGCAUUUUCCACUGAUACGCCAUCACUUGCAGGGCUCAUUCGCACUCCGUCACACACUCUCCCCUAAAGU